AUGUAUCAUCUGCACAAGUGGUCACAAGAAGAGUGGGAAGCAUGGUUGCCAAGUCAAUCUGAGGCCACCCAGGCUUACUACCACUCGUGGAAUCGUCGUCAAAACGACGUUUUGGUGAGGCAGCAGCAGAGGUCGCAGCAGGAGCCCGAGGAGCCACACGAGCCGAACGAGCCGGAGGAGCCGACAGCUGCACCAACGAUCCCUGGUGGCCCUGCGGCUUUUGUGGACCAGGUCCACAUGGCUGCCACAGGUGUUCCGAAGCCGAGCACGGGGCAGGCCGUGCCAGCAGGACCGGAAGCUAUGCAGAGUGGCAGCCCAGCUGGUCCGCCGCAUGAAGGCUUUCCUCCGGCUCCACGUGUGGUGCCGCCUACAGAAGUGCCGGCUUCAUGGACGGCAGCAGGUGCAGCCGGGCCAUGCAAGGUUUGUCGGUAG